AUGGAUGCACAAAUGUUAAAUGUAUUAACUGCAAUCCGUUUGCAAAUUGAAGACUCUGAUAUCAGCAGUAUGUUUUUUGAGUUAGCUGAUUUUUACGAACAGAAAUUAUGGAAUCAAUUAACUACGGGAUUAAAAAUUGUUUUUCAUAGCGAGACUUGUUCUAGUGAAAUUAAACUAAGCUUAUUUACUCAAUUUGUUUGGAAUUGUGUCGAUAAACUCAAUCAAUUACAAGUUGUUGAUUUUUUGCUAUGCUCUUUAGUUGGUAACGAGAAUUAUGAAGAUAAUUUGGGUUAUUUAAAUAACUUAAUGGAGAAAUUCAAAGAAAUCGAUUCUAAGAAAAAGAGAAAUGAUGGUUUUAAAACUCAUGAAAAUGGGGAAUUAUUGAUACGUAUAGAAAUUUGCAGAAUUUAUUUAAAACAAAACAAAAUAGCCGAGGCCAGGAAUAUAUUGGAUGAAGUUAGUCAAAUUCUGGAUGAAAAUAAUGACACAUUGCCAUUAAGAAUUAUAAGCGCUUACUAUUCUGUCAGUGCUUAUUACUAUCAAACCAAAUCUGACUUUAAUUCGUACUACUAUAAUAUCUUAUUGUAUUUAUCUUCCAGCAAAGAAACAAAAAUACCAGUUGUACAGGAAAAAGAGAUUGCGUAUAAUUUAAGUAUAGCAGCCUUAUUGGGUGAUAAGAUCUAUAAUUUUGGUGAACUAUUACAACAUCCAAUUAUGGAAAAUAUUGAUUCUGACAAAACUUGGUUAUUGGAGUUUUUGAAUGCUUUAACUUUGGGCGAUUUCGACAAAUUUGAACUUAUUUCCAAACAAUAUGUUCCACAAAUCGAAAUUUUGGCCAACAACGAAUCCUUUUUGAGACAAAAGAUUUGUUUGAUGACUUUGGUGGAAAUGGUUUCUGCUAAAAAUGUUCGUACCUUAAACUUUACUGAAAUAGCGGAAGCUACACAUUUACAUAGGGAUGAGGUUGAACAUUUAGUUAUGAAGAGUAUCAGUUUAGGGCUAUUAAAAGGUAGGAUUGAUCAAGUUAGUGAAUUAGUUCUAGUGACUUGGGUUCAACCAAGAGUAAUGAAUGAGCAGCAAAUUUUGAAAAUGCACAAAAGAUUAAUUGGUUGGCACGAACAAGUCCAUAAGCUAGGUAAAUCUAUUGAGGCUCGUGGCAAAGGGAUCUGGGUUUAA